GAACGACUUUUCUUUAUUUUGUUACGAUACCCGUUGCAGCGCUCUCUUCUCAACUGCCCUCCUUUGCCCCUGCAACCACAUGCGAAGCAGCGCACCACAGCACGUCGCCGCGUAAACAAGCCAGAUGUCCGAGCCACCGUCAUCGCCCCCGAGACCUGGAGCCAGUGUCGAGGAUGCCUUGGCUUGGUACAAGGCGCAGUACGAGGCGCUGGAGGCCGAGCUGUCUGAGUUCCAGGCCUCAAGCAAGGAGCUGGAAGCCGAGCUGGAGAAGGACCUAGAUGCGGCCGACAAGAGGGAGCGGGCGCUGUUGCAGAAAGCGGAAGGGUUGGCCUAUGAGGUGGAGGAGUGGAAGCGGAAAUACAAGGAAUCGAAAGCCGAGGCAAACACGGCUCAGAGCACGCUCGAGAAAGAGAUCACGAACCUCCGCGACGCAAACAGGACCCUCCAGCUCAAGCUGCGGGACAUCGAAGUGGCCAACGAUGACUUCGAACGCCAGGCGCGGACAACCACGUCUUCGCUAGAAGACCUCGAAUCCAAAUACAAUGUCGCGAUUGAAAGAGGCGUCAUGCUAGAGGAAGAGAUCAAGAUCGGCGAGCAGGAGAGAGAGAAGCUACGGGUUGAGGCCCAAAGGCUGCGAGAAGAACUAGCCGACCUCAAGAUCGAAGCCGAGAUCCUCCAAGACAAGAUCAAGAAACAGGAGUCCCGCCAUCUCUCAGGCAUCUCGACCGAUGCUUCUUCGCUCCCGGGGUCGCCCUCUUUCUGCAACUCGCCACACUCGACCGCAAGCUCCCCGAUGAUCAUGACCCCGCCGGAUACCAAGUCUCUGUCGACCGCAGACACCGCCUCCGACCUGCAAGAUCCGCCAUCGCCUCCCAUGUCUGAUGCCUCGGUGCCUUUGCCCAAGAUCAAUGGGCUCAAGACGCCAGCUUCGCAGAGGAAGAGCCGGCUUCCCUCCGCAGAUAACAGCAUCACGCCGAAGCCGAGGAGCUUCACGGCAUCUACGUCCUCCUCCCGGACGACCCGCGUGGUGACCACUUCGAGUGCGAUGCGGACGCCCGCCCACCGCAGCUCGGCGGCGAAAUCGACCCGUGCACCGUCCCACAGGAUCCCGCCUUCCAACUCCCUCACUCACAUUCGCACACUCACUGCCCAGAUGCAGCGGCUCGAAGCUCGCGUGCAAUCCGCGCGCUCCAAGCUCCCAGGGCCUGUCGGCACACCACCUCGCUCCUCCCCGCGAGGUGUCAUGAGCGUGCCCUCGACCGUCACGAUCCGGAGUCGCCGAAGGGCCGUUGGUUCCACGGCCUCGUCCAGCGCCGCCAGCCUAGCCGGCUCCGAGACCACUCCCUCCCAGCCGCGCCACGCCCCGUCCGAGUCCCGCAGCAGCAUCUCGUCCAGCACAGGCCAGCACGUCCCCCGACUUAGCACGUCGGGCGUCUCGCGCCUGUCCUUUGGCCCGCUGCCCAACCGCACCCCCACCACGGCCACCCACCCCAACGCCGACCCGGACAUGUCCCGCCCCAGCAGCCGAGCUAGCAUCUCGAGCUACACCCGCCCCGCCAGCCGCACCGACUCCCACGCCGGCGCCGCCGCAGGCAGCAUCAUGCCCCCGCCCCGGCCCGUGAGCCGCGCCAGCCUGGCCGGCUCGCGCACGCCGCUCAGCAGGCCGCGCAGCAGCCUCGGCAUGUACGGCCAAGCGCAGCACGGCCAACACGCGCACAGCGGCAGCGUGAGCUACAGCACGGCCGAGGCCGACGAGCUCGAGACGCCGCCGGGCACCACCACCACCCCCGCCGGCAGCAGCAGCAGCAACAGGCGCGGCACGUUCAGCCGCGCCGAGUCGGAGAGCGGGGUCCGCCUGCCCAGCAGCUCCAUCCCGGUGCCGACCGCGAGGAGGCAGAGCGCCGGCGCGUCGUCGGUCUCGGGCGCCGUGAGGCGGACCAGCGGAGCGAGUACCCGGGUGUUGGAGGACUUGGGGGAGACGUAUUGAUUGCUUUCGUUCGUUGAUGGAGUUGGGCUGAUUAAUCAACUUUUUCCUUUUCCUUUGUUGAUGAUUGGAUGGAGUGAUGAACGGGUGGAUGGACGGGUGGGUGCGGGUGCGGUUAUCAGUCCUUUUGGUUGUUGUCCUGCUGCUGCUGCUGCUGCUGCUGCUGC